AUGGCAGUCCUUCAUAACUCUGGAACUGUUUGGGCGCUUAUCAUGCUCGUAUUUUUCCUUACAUGUUUGGUAUCGGGUCACUUGCCGUUGAUAUUGAUGAUCGCUAUGUUCCAGAUCAUGAUCUUCCGCGAAAUCAUCGCCAUGAUCUCGGAACCGGCUCGUGAUAAAAAAUUGAAAUGGAACAAAUCAUUAAACUGGUAUUUUUUGGUUUGUACGGUUUAUUAUGUUGAUUUCCAAAGUUUUUUUGAAUUCUUUGAAGAUUCCAUUCUCCAGUAUCGGGUAUUAUCUAUUUUGGCAAGCAAUCAUCGGUUCAUUUCUUAUGGCUUGUACGUUGCUGGAUUUGUGUUUUUCGUCUCCACAUUGCAAAAGGGCUACUACAAAUUCCAGUUUGCUCAGCUCUGUAUCACACAUACUACCCUUUUGUUGGUGGUGUUUCAAUCACAUUUGAUUAUCGACAACAUGUUGAAUGGUCUUUUCUGGUUCUUGCUUCCAGCUGGGCUCGUCAUUGUCAACGAUGUGUUUGCUUACAUUUGUGGCAUCACGUUUGGAAAAACUCAAUUGAUUGCAAUUUCUCUCUAA